AUGGACAUAGACAACGAUACCACCAUUUCUACCGACGCAUCUCCAGACAACAGCGGCCGCACCAAUGUGAACGCGAAUAUCUUUGGCCAGCUGUUCGACACAGCGUUUUUUACAGCUGUGGAAAGGAUUGUGGAGACGGCCGUCGAAAAGGCAGUCAAGAAAACAAUCAGCCCAGCUGUGGAUGAUGCUGUGGAUAAGGCUAUGAAGCAGGCUGUCCCUGAAGUUGUACAAACCGUUCUUAGAAAAGCGUCCCAAGCAAUAUGUGAACGUUUCGCCUUUGACAGAAGUCUACCCCUCGUCACGAAUUCGGAAGAUUUCAACAUCGUGGAGGACUUCUCGGAGUACGCCAGUGACUUCAUCUUGCCAGAUUGUACAUACAACAUCUACUGCGAGCUGCGGGGAAUGUACCGUAUAAUCGGAAUCGACGAGAAGCACGAACUCACUCUGAUGUCCCCCAAAAAGGCAAAAGGCCGAAAUGUCUCGAUCUCUUCCUACGAAUGGGAAUGCGGAGAGAGAGGUGGCUUUUAUUCUUUCUACAACCAACUGUUAAAAAAAUACCUCUCUAUCCAUUAUGAGAAUAUCAAAGGAGUUCUCUUAAUGGCGUUUAGCGAAGAUCACGACAACCGCUUUGGCGUCCAGCGAAACUCAAAAGAUGCGUAUAAGCUUCAGCAUCUGUGCGAUUAUUAUCUCCUACCAGUCAUCCCUGGGUGGUCCGAAGAAUUCUGGAACAGUGACGAGACGGAAGUAGAUGCGAUUAUGGAAAACACCAGAGGGCCUGCGAUACCCAAUGAUGACUUUGUGUGGAAGUUUAGAAAAGUUCGCGAUUAUGUCAUUGAGUGA